UUCGCAACAUAUUAUCAGAAAAAAUCAGAUAACAUAAAUUUUACACUAGACUUUGGCUUGGUUAUGGUUUAAAAAUUACUCUUGUGGAGAAUUGCAAGAGGUAUAUAUAUGUGUCCUGGUUGGAAAACCAGCUUAAUAAUUGUAAGAUUACUUUGUACUAAGAACUAAGGUUGAGAUCUUGGGUAACACUAGCUGUGUGACUCGUAUGGUCAGUGUUUAAGAAAUAAUUUCUGACAUAUUUAAUUUAAUGAAACAUGUCGUCUCAGAGCCAAGUAAGUGUUCUCCAUAAAUUCAAGGGGAUCCUCUUUUCUACUAUGUCUUCAGAAGAACUUCUUCAUGCUUUGGAUUCUUUUGAUGUCAGAGAAGAUGAUGUGUUCCUUGUUUCCUAUCCAAAAUCUGGCACUCACUGGAUCGCAGAGGUCAUUGAGAGCAUCCCCAAUGCUAGAAUCUCUCUCACAUCUCCUAUUGAGUUAGGAGACGUUUCUAAGCUUGAAGAGCUGAAGACGUACUCUGAGAGGAGAGUAAUUCCGACGCACUUAAGCUACGACUUGCUACCUGUGAAUAUCAAACAAAAGCAGUGCAAGAUCAUCUACAUCAUCCGAAAUCCAAAAGACACAGCUGUUUCCCUGUUCCACUACUACAGAGAAAAUCCUAAUCUUCCUUACAUUGAGACAUGGGCUGCAUUUUUCGAGCUAUUCCUCCAAGGAGAAGUUGUGUACGGAUCCUGGUUUGAUCACGUUUUAAGCUGGGAAGAGCACAGAAAUGAUAAAAACAUUCUAAUUAUAUUCUAUGAAGAAAUGAAGAAAGAUUUUUCUAAAAGCUUAAAGAAAAUAACCACUUUUCUUGGAAUAAAUGUGAAUGAUAGUGAAGUCAAUAAGAUUGCUCAGAAAACAUCAUUCAGUGAAAUGAAAAAUAAUUCGAUCAAAGAAAACUAUGAUCUCAGUCACACGAUCUGUGCCCUCACAUCUGACAGGAACCUGGUGUUCAGGAAAGGAGUGGUAGGUGAUUGGAUAAACUACUUUACUUCAAAGCAGAAGAGUGUGUUUGAUGAACUAUUCACCAAGAAAAUGAAGCACAGUGAAUUGGCAAGACUCUUGGAGGAGAUCUCUUAAUACAAACAGGAAAUGAAACCAAUUUUCAUUUUCUGCCAUGCAGAACUUGGAGGAUAUAGUAAAUAUUUUUCGUGCACACAGAAAGCAGAUACUGUACUACUUUCCGGGAGAAACAGUUCAUUAAUGUGUCAAAAGUAUUAUGCAUGAAAGACUAGUAUUAUCAUAUUUGGUGAUAGUAGAAAAUUAGAAGUGUAAAAGAAGUACACAGUUUUUGAAUGGCUAAAUUAUAUAUCUGUUUGCAGGGUAUGCAGCAGGCUCAGGAGAUUAGUUCUAUUGAGAAAGGCCACAUUAUUGUAGGUAUUGCAUAAGCUGUAUUAAUGUACAACAAAUGGGAAAGCGAUUACCUAAAAUAAUAAAUAUCUCAGAAGAAAUUGUUUUCUGCUUGUUUGGAUAACUAUGGACUCUGGACCAACAUUUUUAUCUCGACAUUCCCUGGUAUCAGUGAAGAGAUAUUCUCCAUAACCAUAAUGAACAGAAACUUACUAAACUAGAAACUGAUGGAUUAUAUAAAAUGACCACAUUCCAAUAUACUGGUAAAAAUGAAAAUGAAAAUAUACAUUUUCACGAUAACACUGGCUUGGCAUUCUAGUAUUUUCCCUAUCUUAAUUCAGUUAAAUUGCAUGUGUCCCUAUUUUUCAACUUUAAAAUGUUUAAUUUUCCUUGAAAUGUUUAUGAUCCAUUAUAGUAUUUGGACUAUGUAUGAUUCCCUCCAGAAUCAUUUGUGACGGUAAUUCAAUCUCUAUAAUUCUCUCCCUCGUAUAAUGAGCAUUAUUCUACAGUUUUAACUUAGAGGACACUGCUAUGAAAUUUCAGUGAACUUAUUUAAGGAUUAUUAUCUAAAUGGCAGAAACAAAAAUCACAGUAUAUUGUUUGCAUCAUCAUAUAAACUCAAGGCUUAAAGACAAAUCAAAACUGUAUGUUUGAACUCUGAACUCAAAGCAAUGGGUUGAGUUAUUUAAUUUAGCCAAACACUUUUAUUUUGUGUGGCAGUGUAUUGUAAAUCUAUAUAAAUUUUUAUUACAAAUUAUAAAUGUAAAUUUUUGGUGAAAAUUCCAGAUUCUUCAUUUAAAUGUGUAAAAUUAAUAAGAAAUUAGAUGUUCAUAACUCUUCUGUAUGCUCAUAUUUGUUACAAAUAAAAUAUUCUUUUUGA